AUGAUCAUAAAUUUUGUUGGUCCUGGCGACAAGGUUUACUGUAAUUAUCACGGCCAUUUUCUAACAGAUGAUGCUCCACUGCUGCUUCAUGUACAGGGAUUGCCAGAUGAUUGGGCUCUGUACUGCAGUCAAAUAGAAUUUGAACUUGCCAAGUUUCUUUUUAAACAUGCAGAAAUGCUGGCAAACCAAAUCAACACAUUGCUUGAAAUCUGGGCCACAUCAUUGCUCAAGUUAGGUGGCAACCCACUAUUUACCAACCACAUGGAUCUCUAUCAUGUAAUAGACAGCAUGUCUGUUGGCACAGUCAAGUGGGAAAACUUCAAAAUCACUUACAAGCACAAGCGGGAUGGACAGGAUGAACUGGAUGAGCAGGACAAAGUGAUUGAACUGGGUGGUCCAGACCCCUGUCAAGUUAUCCACAACCUCCUUGGACAUGCUGACAUUAAGGAUGAAAUGGACUUUGUACCAUACCAGGAGUUUGAUGCCACAAGUGACCAGAGGCAUUGGGAGGAUUUUAUGUUGGGCAACUGGGCCUGGGAUGAAGUGGACAAGAUUAUCAGUGAUAACCCAUCAGUAGGCAGAGCAACAUUAGUUCCCAUCAUCCUUGGCAGUGACAAGACCACUGUUUCUGUUGCAACUGGGCAAACAGAUUACUACCCACUCUAUCUUUCCAUUGGAAAUGUGUGCAACACUGCUUGUUGUGCACACUGUGAUGUGGUAGUGCUCAUUGGAUUUCUUGCAAUGCCAAAGAUGUUCUGUAAAUUCAAGAAGCAGCUCUUUCAUUCAUCACUGGCAAGCAUUCUUUGGUCACUUGGUCCUGCAAUGACAGCUCCAGAAACAGUACUAUUUGCUUACAUAGCUGACUAUGAAGAGCAGGUCCUCCUGUCAUGUAUUGUGUGUAAAUGGUGUCUGAAAUGUCUUGCACAUCAGGAGAAUCUUGAUGAAGAUGCACUCUGGUGUCACUGUGAGCACACUGAAUUGAUCAUCAGGGAGUUGGGUGCUCUGACACUUUGGGAUGAGUAUGGCAUUGAUGGAGAUAUAGUGCCAUUUACAAGUGGGUUUCCAUGUGUGGACAUCCAGAGAAUGCUUUCACUGGACAUUCUCCAUCAACUCAUCAAGGGUGGAUUCAAAGAUCAUCUGGUUGACUGGGUGGAAAGGUAUCUCACCCAUACUCAUGGAAGGAGUGCCACAGAAAAAAUACUGGAUGAUAUUGAUCGAAGGUGCCAACACUUUAAACAAUGGACUGGCAAUGACUCCAAAGGCCUCAUGAAGGUAUAUAUUGCAGCCAUUGAAGGCUAUGUCCCACAGGAUUUUUGUUACCUCAUCCACCGAAAUGUUAUCACCAAACCAACUCUUGCUGUGAUUGGGGAUGCACUUGCAUGCUUCCACUCAUAUUGUGAAGUCUUCUGGAAUGCUCAAGUAGUCGCUACAUUUUCAUUACCCCAGCAACAUGCUAUGAAGCAUUGUCCCUAUCUUAUAUGCCAGUUUGGCAUGCCGAAUGGGCUCUGUUCAUUGAUUACCAAGUCCAAACAUAUCAAAGCAGUCAAGUGGCCUUAUCAGUGUACUAACUGCUUUCAGGCUCUUGGACAGAUACUUGUGAUCAACCAGAGGCUUGACAAAUUUGCUGCAGUGUGUGCAGACUUUGAAAAGCAUGGCAUGUUGAGAGGGACUUGCCUGUCACAUGUGCUUGUGACUCUAGACCUACCAUAUGCCUUUGCUCAUGGCUUCAUGUCAAGGAAUAUGAGGGACCUAGCAACUGAACUUAACAUACCCCAGCUCCUUGAUAUCUUGUGCUGCUUUCUUCAAUCGCAGCUUCAGCAAGACAACCACAAUCCAGAAGAUGUCCCCUUGGAUGAAUGUCCCUUUUAUGAUGGAUGUAUCUGUGUCUACAACUCUGCAUCCUUGACGUUCUAUGCACCCAGUGACAUGAGUGGCCUCCACAGCAUGCAUUGCAAACACAUAUGUUGUUCCUCUACAUGGAGGAACAAAGGCCCCCAUUAUGACUGUGUUUUUGUUAUGACUAAUCCUCAUGUGGAGGGCAUGCUUGGUCUGGAUGUUGCUCAUUACCUAGGCACGGAGUAUCCUUGUGCGAUUGUAUGUUGGUUUGACCAUAUAGGAGAUGGCCCAGAUACCUGCACAGGAAUGUGGAUAGUUUGUGUGCACAAUGCCCAAGACAUCACUAUCAUCCACAUUGAUACUAUCUAUUGCACAGCUCAUCUCAUUCCUGUAUAUGCGAACCACCAAAUUGACCCAGCAAGCAUCAAGCCUAAUGAAUCAUAUGACAAGUUUCUCCAUUACUAUGUGAAUAAAUUUGCUGACCAUCAUGCAUUCAAAAUUGCAUCCUAA